GUAUCGCGUGGAGUGCGCAAAGGUGGCUUGGCUGUUUUUGUUCAGUGGAUUUGAUUGCUGUCUUGUAGUGUGUCGGUCAGCAGAUAGGCAGGCAAUUCAUCAGCGCCGUGGAGAACUCUGCCUCUGUGUACGUGUUGGUGUGCGUGCGAGUGUGUGUGUCCGCGCGUAUGACACCGUGAGCUGAUAUUAUAUGCAGUAGGGCAGAUAAUAAAUACAGUGUAGCCUCCGUCGCGCAUAACCCGCCGUGUUCGUGCGUAGUCCCACAGUCGCGGCCACGCGAACCAGCAAAACUAGUACAUACACUGGUGUACUAGUAAAUUUUAUCGCCGAAAAUUUGCGAGUCACUUCGCUCGAAGGAUAUCAAGUGCUGUAAAGGUUCCCGCUUGUCCUUAUAUAAUUAGUGGCUUAUCAAGAUCCUACUGCCCUCUAGUUCCAUAAUCGAUUGCCGAACCGUGGGUGGGUGGUAGUUAUCCGGAUUAAACUCUCCCGGGGCGCUAGUGAAAUUUUGAUAUUAAAAGUGUCCAGCUCUAGACCGGAGGUCGUUCUCUCUGUGAAUCGUGUAGUACAGCCAGCCUAAAAAGCCUCCCCCUAUUUAGGUGUGGUUGAUGUUUUUCAAAUUCUUCAUUGUAUGAUGGGUGAUUAGAAAGAUGAAGAAGUGAAAAGAGAGAAGUCGCCAUCGGUGGGUGAUAAAAUAAAAGUCGUAGUGCUUCUGCGGUGAAUAGUGUAAAAGCUAAGUGGAGCACUCCAAUUAGUAGGUUAGUGUAGUGUGAAUAGAAACUCGGUACAUCGUCGUAGUAGCAAUAAUGGAUAAAUCGGGCGGAGGUGAUCCGCGAGAAGGUGCCUCAUCAUCAUCGACUCCACCGACGACGUCUUCGUCAUCGUCUACACCACCAGGUCCGGCACCUGGGUGUGGUUCCAAUGCCGAUGGCAGCUCGGCGGGAAUCAACUCAUUAACGUUGAAUGUGACCACUACGACUGGCGGUAGCUUUUCCGUCACCGUAGACAGCGAAAAUUCCGUAGAAAAUCUGAAGAAAAUUAUAUCGAAAAAGCUGAAAGUUUCCAAGGACCGUAUCUGUUUGCUGCACCGUGAGAGAGAACUCAACGAUGGAACGUUACGAGAAAACGGAUUGAUGGAUGGUUCAAAGUUGAUUCUGACGCCUAAUGUCGAAACUGGUCUGCUGGCACAGCGAGCUGAGAAUACGGUCAUGCAGGCGCUAGAAUCACUCAACGACAGUCAGGUGAACGAUUUUCUCAGCGGCAAAUCGCCCCUGAACCUAAGCGUUCGUCUCGGAGACCACAUGAUGUUGAUUCAGCUACAGCUGAGUACCCUGAACUCAUCGUCCCAGAACGGAAACCGUUCGAAGACUCAUAAGUCAAGGACUAUCACUGCUUCUGCGGGAAACGCCACACCCGGGACAAGCUCCAACGUGAUACAAGCUUCGUCGUCGUCGUCGUCGUCCCGAAGUCAUAGUAGUAGAACCACACUUCCGAUUAGCUUUCGUAGGGUGAUGGCAUCCGACAGUAUCAUACCUGUCGCUCAACCUAUUGUGGAUCACGUGCGAGAGGCACACACCUUAACCAAGCAAGAAAUUGAUAGCAUUCAUAGUAUAGUUAAAAAUUUGACCGAAAGUGAAAACGCUACGAUAGCAACUAUCGCGCCUGCGAGCGAUAACUCGAUGGAUUCCGAUUCGGCUCCUAGAAACUCGAUUUCCGAAUCCCCUAUCAAAUCGUUAUCCAAUCUAGUAUCUAGUUCCAUCAAUACAAUACCACCAGCGUGUAACAAUAACUCACUACCAAGUUGCCCUGCAUCACCUUGCGCUGACCCAAUCAGCGCAAAUCUUACCUCGUGCUUGUGCAGAAGUCUCGACAACAACGAUAACAAUUCCUGUGAACCAAACUGCCUGACGCGCAUUCCUGAACCACAACAGCCAUCAACAUCCGCCACGACCCUGCAUCGAACCGCUUACAAUCCUAUAGCGCGCCACAAGACGAAAGUUCAGACGCUAAGAAAACACACCAGCUUCAAUGGUUCUACCUUGCCGAAGCCCGAGCAGGAAGUUGCCCAACCAGCUGCCUCACAGUCAGCUCCUAACUCACCACAACGCUUAAAUCAUCCUCAACUGCCGCACAGUCGUGGUCACCACUACCAGCAGCAGCAUCACCUUCUGCAACAAUCACAGUCUCAGCUAAAUCCACAGCCUGGUACGAGCAGUACUCAAUCACGUGUUCCGACCACCGACCCGAACAGCACUGAAAAUCCAGCGCUAGCCGAAGCAUCUCGCAAUCUAACACAAACCCUCCGGAAACUAUCCAAACGUGUUUUCACCAAUAAAACCAACGACGCAUCAUCGCAGGAUGCAGCGGCGCGGAAUGCCAACUCCGGAGCCGUAAUAGAGUCAAUGAAACACCACGGGAAGGGUAUCUACUCCGGAACUUUCUCCGGUACACUGAAUCCCGCCCUGCAGGACAAAUUUGGCCGACCGAAGCGGGAUAUUUCCACCAUUAUCCACAUCCUGAACGACCUGCUGAGUGCGGCUCCGCAAUGUGCUCGCUCUGGUACUAAGAUUUAUUUUGAACCAUCACAGACAACCGCGGCAGCAGCAGCGGUGGCGGCCGCCACUGCUGGCGCCACGUCCGGGGUAAAUGUCACAAAUCCCACCAGCGCUGCUAGUAGCAGCAGCCGGGGCAGUAAUAAUUUCCAAACAACUGUAGCAAUGACACCCUCAACACCAUCCACGAAUAGCAGUAGUAGUAGCAGCAGCAGCAGAAACAGUUUCACAACCCCGGUGGUUGCACCAAGUCCGCGUUUGGUGACAAGAUGUGUACCGACACCGAUUCAGACCAAAAAAUUCCCUAGCAACGGGACGACCAUAACUAUUUCUGGUCCCAGCUCGGCUGAUUGCAUUCUCUGCAAAUCCCUAGUCGCGAGCAUACCAUCAACCAGCAGCGCAACCUAUGGCCGUUGUCAGCACCAUCAGAAAGUGGCUGUUCCUAAGGUACUGUGCAAGUGUGGGCUUCCACUGACACCCACGGCUGGUCCCAGCAGCAGCGGCAGCAGCAACAUCUACCACUGCCAACGCUGUGCAGCCAUCAGUGCUGCCGAGCUGGAAAACUCCAAAACCAAAUCCAAGCUAGACAACCUCCGUCUGAUUAUGCAGCAGAAAAAAGAGCGCCGAGAAGCACGCAAGCAAAAGUGUGCGCCGUACAGUAUGACGCCACCCUCCACGCUGGCUUUUCCCCCCUCCGCCCAGCAGCUGCUCGCUGGGGGCAGUGGGUCGACUUUGGAGCCGGUUCGGACCGCACACCUAACACAGCUAACCGUCCCGACGACUAACACCACUGCGAACGGCAUCGAGAUGAUGGACGUUGCUGCUACUGCUGCUGCUGCAGCAGCAGCAGCAGCAGUGGUGGAAUCUGAAUCGACAGCAGCGGCGGCGAAUGAGACGACGGACAUAACAGCAUCAUCACAAGAAACAACCGACAGUACCCACACUAGCAUUAAUAGCAGCAACAACAAUGCGGCCACUGCUACCGCUACGGCUACCACCACUACUACAUCGGCAACGGCAGCAGCAGCAGCAGCGGCGGCAACGACGUCGGCUGCAACAUCCUCGGAGGCGGCUCAAAAUACCCAUCAACUUGUGGAGGAGGUGGAUACUGUCGCAUAAGCAUGUUUUGCUAUGUUGCGGUUGCUGCGAGAGAAGUGACAUCCGGAUUGGACGAACGAGUAAGAUUCAUGUUCAGGUAACUCACGAGAGACGGGGUUUUUUGCUGCUCUCUCGUGAGAGAUAUUACAGCUAAAUAGAGAGAGAGAGAGGAUAAAGGUUCGAAUGAACUCAUGCAGCACCAUCUGUUGGUGGGCUUUUGGGUAGGUGUUCUGAUGGAAGAGGCAUUAUCUGUUUUCGUGGAAAUCAAUUCGGAUUUGGACUGAAUACUGACGUUGAAGUAGUACUGAAAUGUGUCCGAGCUCGAGCAUUUCGGCCACAAUUUAUCGAAAAAGACAUGAUUUGAAUUGUUUCCAAUUUGUUACUAUUGUCCCUUGUCUAGCUGUAUUUUUUGGUUUGCCUUCUUCAGAUCUUCGAACAUUCGUCAGAAGUAUAAUGCUUGUUUGCUACAUUCAUUUUCUUUGAUUUCAUUAGAAUUAGUUUUCUUGGGGACAAGAAGAAUGGGAGAAUUGUACGGCGAUGUUGAGUUCUGAAUAAUAUUUUGAUCUAGCAUGUUUCUUACUUGUAGAUCAAUUUCCAGUUUUUGUGACUCUGGAGUUCUGUAAUUUUUAAUGUAAACAGGACAUUUGUCAUUUAACAAAAUUUCUUGCUUAUAGAAAUUAUUCGUGGAUAGGUUAUCGUCUUCUAACGCGAAUAUGUCACUAUAUUGCCUACAAAGACGUUCAAGGCCAGAUCUGAUUAUUGGGUCGAUAUUGUUUAGUUGAAGUUUGCGAACUAAUCGUUUCUUGUAUGGUUUCCAUUUUGUAGAAUAGUUCGACUAUGGAAACAAAAAUUUCGUAGAGGUGUCAUAGUCGGUAUGAAACGUUUGUUGUGUUUAUGAACUUUACAAACUUGUUUUCAUUAUUAAUAAUGCUGUUUGCAUACACUAAUCCUGGAGUUAGUUCGUUUGAUAUGGUAACCAUAUCUUCUGGUAGAUAAGGUAGGUUUAGAUUUUUAAUUAUUUCACAUCGUGGAGGUAUGAUUUGCUUGGUGCGUGAUUUUUCGUAAAUUGGUAUAGUAAUGCGGGUGUUAAAAGCAUUCAUUAUCAGGAUCCAGGUAUUAUAAUCGAUACAACACUUAUAAGAGGUAAAGAGAUCCCUUCCUAAAGUUCCGUCGGUGGGAAUUGGAAAGUUGUCGCUUACCGUAUAUAAUUUGUGUUGAAGCGAAAAUUCAUCUAUUAACAGAUUAGUGGUAAGUCUUCCAUAAGUGGUUAUGGUACCGUUGCCUAUUCCGGAAAUAGUGCAUGUGUCAUUAGGGUUAUAGUUUUUCUGAAAUUUUAAUUUUGAGGAUUUUAUAACUGAAAUAUCUGAACCACAAUCUAUUAUAAAACUACAUUGUUGUUCGGCACAUUCGACGUUCAAAAGCACAAAAUUGGUUGCAGAUAAAUUUACGGCAUAAACUGCCCUUGAGUUUGGGUAGGCAACGAGGGUUGCAUAUUGUUUUGCAUUGGUUGUAAAACAGGGGUUUGGUUCAAUUGUUGGGGAAUGUUUUGGGCUACAUACAUUCCAUAAUGAGGAUUGAAAUGUCCUCUUUGUGACAACUGUCCUCGUUGGUGGUAAGGUCUUCUUCCGUUAUG